CUGGACUUUGGCUGGACAGAAAGAGGUCCGUUUGUGUAGAGGUUAAGCUGUAUUGAAACACAAGACCUCACUCAGGACCUGGAGCUUGAGCCAAAUGCCUGGAUUGUAAUACAGCAAGGACCAGGAAAUGUCAAGCCCCAUCACCAUAGCCCUGGCAACGCUUUGCUUCCUGUUUCUCUGGCCCACUUGUUGUAAAGGCAGCAGGAUUCUGGUAGUGCCUGUAGAUGGCAGCCACUGGAUCAACAUGGAGGUGAUCCUUCGGGAGCUGCACUCCAGAGGCCACGACCUCACUGUGCUGCACUCUGCCAAAAGCUGGUACAUCCCCAGUAACUCCUCAAUUUAUACCUCUAUUAAUGUGCGCAUGCUGGAGGAUGAUUCAGACAAGGAGUACUACAAUAGAAUGCUACAAAAUGUUAUGGAGUGCCGCAAGUUCCCAAUUUUUAUACGCACCUUUUGCCAACAAAACUUGCUUACAUCCAUGUUGGCAACAGGCCAUCAGAUUCUUGCUGGAGCAGCUGCCACAAUGUUGGAUGACCCUGUUUUUAUGAAGAAGCUGCAGGAUGCCAAGUUUGACUUAAUGUUAACUGACCCUGGUCUGACACUAGGGGUUCUUCUAGGUGGUUACCUCAGGCUGCCAAUGGUUUUCAACGUGCGCUGGAUUAACACUGGAGAGAGCCAUUUCACCAUAGCUCCCUCCCCUGUCUCCUAUGUCCCUGUGCCAGGAAGUGAACUUCAUGAUCAGAUGGAUUUUCUGGAGCGAACAAAGAAUAUGUUACAUUAUCUUUAUAGUGUUGUUGAACAGCACUUUUUCAUUAAUCCUGCGUACUCAGAUCUGAUUCAGCGGCACUUCCCUCCUGGAACAGACUUGCUAUCUUUGGAGCGUGCUGCUGAUAUAUGGCUGGUGAGGACAGAUUUUGUCUUUGAGUUCCCUCGGCCAACCAUGCCCAAUGUGGUCUACAUAGGGGGGUUCCAGUGCAAAAAGGCCCGUCCCCUCCCUGCUGAGCUGGAGGCCUUUAUGCAGACCUCCGGGGAGCAUGGGGUGGUGGUCAUGUCUUUGGGGACAUUUGUGUCAGCCCUGCCUCGUGAGGCCUCAGAGGCAAUUGCCGCUGCUUUUGCUCAGCUUCCUCAAAAGGUAGUGUGGAAGUUUAUGGGUAAAAAGCCUUCAUCUUUGGGGAACAACACCCUGCUGGUGGACUGGCUGCCUCAGAAUGAUCUCCUGGGACACCCCAAGACUCGUGUCUUUGUAGCCCACGGAGGCACCAAUGGCAUGUAUGAGGCCAUCUACCAUGGCGUUCCUGUUCUGGGGCUGCCGCUCCUCUUUGACCAGUUUGACAACGUACUCCGGCUGAAGGUGCGUGGGGCAGCUCGGGUGGUGGAAGCCAAAUCACUCACCAAAGACAACUUCCUGGAGGCUAUAAAGGACAUCCUGGAGACUCCUUCAUACCGCAACAACAUACAGCGUCUCUCCAAGCUACACCGUGACUAUCCAAUGUCUCCUAUGGACACUGCCAUCUUUUGGAUUGAGUAUGUCAUCAGGAACCAAGGAGCAGCCCACCUGCGCUCAGCAGCUUUUAGCCUGCCUUGGUACUCCUACUUUUGCCUGGAUGUGUUUUUUUUAAUCAUGUUCCUCAUUGGAGCCUUUGUCUGGGCUUCAGUCUCAGUCUGCAGGAUUCUCUGUUGCCGGAGGUCCAGGAGAAAAAUGAAAGCAGAGUAA